GUUGGUGAAUCGAGAAAGAAGCAACGGAGAGAAAAAGUUCCAAGUGAAAAAAAUAUUUCCCAGCGAAAAUUAUAACCGAGCGAAAGAAGCGGAAUCAUUAAAAAGCGAAAAUUAUCCUGAAACGGUAAAUACGAUUGAAGUGUGAAUUCUGACACAGAAAACUAACGUGUCCCUCUGAAGGAUAAGGAAGCAUAUCCGGAUCAAACCGAGCGAGAACCACGAGCGAUAGUCGAAAGGAAGAAAUAGAAAACCACUCCCCCCGACCGCUUAAAGCGACCGUGAGCGUGUGUGUGUGUCUGUACGUGUGCGAAAACAUUUCGGGAGGAUACACAUACAUAGAGGAAAAGAAAGCUAAAUUCCAUUUCGCCAGCCACACACGUUUGUCGUCCAACCCCCCGGGGGCCCUUCUGGUGGUAUUUCAUCCCCUCGUGCUACAGCAUAAGCUUCCGCCUAAAACGUGUGCAAAUGCAAACGAAAGGAUACUCUCCUUUUUGAGCUGUUUGUGCAAUUUCUUCCAGUUCGGUGAAAAGUUUUCCGCUAUCCGGAACAAUUCUUCUACGUGCAGAAGAGUUUCCAGAACAACUAUCUUUUAUACAGUGCAAUUUUGUACACAACACAGAACACACACGAAAACACAAUCAGAAAUCCUCGUUCUUCACAAAACAAUCGUAAAGUGUAGAGGAAGUGGUGGUGUGGUAAAUUGUUAGUACGUGCGCGGUGGUUAGAAAACAAACAAUUAAAGAACGCUGAAUCCGCAAUCGUGAAACUGAGACAGAACAGGAAGAACGAAAAACAAAACAAAAGGAAAAACGUACAGCUGGUAGUGAAUAACGGUGAGAAUAAAAGACUUUUUAAUUUAUUACGUUACUAAGAAGACGCUAGAUGUGUAGCGAAACCGUGCUAAUAGUGAACAAAAAAGGGAUUGGUUUCAAACGAAGGUGAAAAAUCGUCGCGCGACUUUGAGAGAAAAGAUAUAAUACCGACCGAGUAAUAGUUCCAUACAACAAGAGAUACACUAAGAGAGAAAGUCAUUGCACUUAAUCGUAACGCGCGAUUACUGUGGAGCUUUUUGGCGUGUACUCAACAUUGCAUCGGUGGCGCGGGGCAACAUCGUGAAGAAACGAACGCGGUACAAAACCAAGCAAGCAGAUGAACCAAUCACUGCUUAGCUAACGACAGGGGCAAACACACAGUGAUUAAGAUUAAAAGCGAAGAAAUUGUGAAUACUAGAUUUGUAGUGUUAUAGCGCAUAAGUGAGUUUAGGUGGAAAAGUAAAUUUAAGUGUAAAGCCAACUCAUCGUACGACGGGAAGCGGUCUGGUAGCAAGCAAAACGAGAAGACAAAAGAGACUCCAAUACUCAUCUUACUAAAAGAAUCAUCUCCACCACCCCGGCACAAACCCUCUAGCCAGUAGGUGGUUAAGGUGGGAUAUACCUUACUGUGUAAAAAAUUGCUACUACGGCGAAAGAAAAGCCAUUCGUUUUGGUUUAUCCUUUUUAAACUAAAAUCAACCAAGAAACCAAUUCCCGCGUAAAUAUUAGUCUAUUUGUAUAGAGGAAAUAACAAAGCAAGUUUAUCUGUGAGUGAGUGUGGUGCACAAAAAGCAGAAUUUCUAUUGUUCAAAAGCUAAGCUAGUGAGUGGGAAGAGCUAAAAUCAAUCUAUCAGCGUCAUGAUGACUGAAACGUUGAGUUCGAAUAAUCAUCUCAGCCAGAAAGGCGAGAACAACAAAGUUGGUGACAUGGGAUGGAAGGCCAAACUUAAAAUACCGCCCAAAGAUACUAGAGUUAAGACUAGUGAUGUUACUGAUACCCGAGGAAACGAGUUUGAGGAGUUCUGCCUGAAACGGCCAUUGUUGAUGGGCAUCUUCGAGAAGGGUUGGGAGAAACCAUCUCCAAUCCAGGAGGCGGCCAUCCCGAUCGCCCUGGUCGGUAAGGACAUAUUGGCGCGAGCGAAGAACGGUACUGGCAAGACGGGCGCGUACAGCAUCCCUGUACUAGAGCAGGUCGACCCGACCAAGGACUACAUUCAGGCACUGAUCAUAGUGCCGACGCGCGAGCUGGCCCUGCAGACGUCACAAAUCUGCAUCGAGCUGGCGAAGCACAUGCACAUUCGCGUCAUGGUGACGACCGGUGGAACGAACUUGAAGGAUGAUAUCAUGAGAAUUUAUCAGAAAGUUCAAGUGAUCAUUGCCACGCCCGGUCGUAUUCUCGAUCUCAUGGACAAGGAGGUGGCCAAUAUGUCCCAGUGCCGGAUGCUAGUAUUAGACGAGGCAGAUAAGCUGCUGUCGCAGGACUUUAAAGGCAUGCUGGAUCAUGUCAUAAUGAGAUUGCCAAAGGAGCGCCAGAUACUGCUGUUCUCCGCGACAUUCCCACUGAGCGUGAAGAACUUUAUGGAGAAGCAUCUGCGCGAUCCGUACGAAAUCAAUCUGAUGGAGGAGCUGACGCUGAAGGGUGUCACGCAGUACUACGCGUUUGUGCAGGAGCGCCAGAAGGUGCACUGUCUCAACACACUCUUCUCGAAGCUGCAGAUCAACCAGUCGAUCAUCUUCUGCAAUUCGACGCAGCGUGUCGAACUGUUGGCGAAAAAAAUUACCGAGCUCGGGUACUGCUGCUACUACAUCCAUGCCCGUAUGCAGCAGGCCCACAGGAACCGUGUGUUCCACGACUUCCGAUCGGGUUUGUGUCGGAAUCUGGUGUGCUCCGAUCUCUUUACUCGUGGUAUCGACGUACAGGCUGUGAACGUUGUAAUUAAUUUUGAUUUCCCUAAGAUGGCAGAAACCUACCUGCACAGAAUCGGUAGAUCCGGACGUUUCGGACAUUUGGGUAUCGCCAUCAAUCUAAUCACCUAUGAGGAUCGUUUCGAUCUUCAUCGCAUUGAGAAGGAGCUGGGCACGGAAAUUAAGCCCAUCCCGAAAGUGAUCGAUCCGGCAUUGUACGUACCGCGACCGGAUGAUCCGAACAGCGCGCAAGAGGAGCAAAACGUUAGUAAAUAAGUAAGGCAAGCGUUUGGUCGCGGGCCUUGGAGGGAGGAGUGUGUGAUAUAGAGUGUGAAUAGUGGGAAGCUGUUGUCAAAAAAUCAAGUAAUGAGAAUGGAAAAUGUAUAAUAGUUGAUUUGUGGUGUAGAGUAGAACACAGGAGGCAGAACUACUAUGGUGUGUGCCCGGGGCCUAGAUUAUGGGAGAAAAUAGAGACCAGGGAGACGGAGAAGAGAAAUGAAAUGUAGAAAAUUUAUUGAAAAUCAACCGCCAAAAAGUAAUGCCGAGGAAAAUUUUUGCUAAGCAACAACGCACUCAUACACACACUAAUUAAAGACCUUAGUGAUGAUUGCACGGGUAACAUCUUCAACCGCCGAGUGCGUAAGAUGUACACAAUGUUGUAUCUUAAAUUGUAACGUCGUAAUUUCCAUGACGCAACGCUGACGCUGAAGACCGGCUUACUGUUGUACCUUCACACCUUCAAAUGAUGUAAAACGCUGGAAAAAGUCACCAUUCUAUUCAGAACAUUAUACCGAGCAGAUACAAACAACUCGUUAGUUAUUUGUCACUGUUCAACAAUUUGAUCGAUGCGCGAGAAAGUUUUCUGUUUUGUUGAUACCUCUUGUUCAUGGGUCCUUGUGUGCGCGUGUGGAAAAAGAUAUGAUCUUUUUAUAAGAAAAAGGCUUGAACGAUUCAUUCUUGUUCUGAAUGUGAAAAAUUCUUCGGGUAGAUUACAUCGGGCUCUGUGUGCAGUACGUCGUGCACUCUACUAUAAGUGGACUACAUUCGUUCAAUUGUAUACUUUCUGCACCACCGUACCGCGUUCUCGAGCCUAUGUGUGUGAUAAUCAGGCUUUAUUCGUCCAUACGAUGCGCAAGAACACUCUCGAAGCUGAUAAUGAAGGGCGCUUAUAUUUUAAGGGGGUUCAAGUUAAUCAACCGGCUCGCUUAUGUUAAAUCCGAUUGCGUUUGACAUUAGACAAUCGAUCGCUUAAUUUCCAGCUUUGUGUGUGGUACUCGUGUGCGCUGUAGCGAUAUCAUCAUACUUAAAUGACUGCGAUAUUGAUUUUUACACGAAUCGACAUUUUCUAUCGAUGUUUUGGGCGUAAAAAUAGUGCGUGUUUGAUCCGAGAAAACCACAGCAAAUAUUGUAGCAAAUAUUCUUCGGCGAAGGUUGUUUAGCAAAAUUCCUGAUUAGCGCGCACGCCACAAACAUUUAUACCCUUUUCCAACAUCAUUCUCUCUUCUCCGAGUGGGUAUACACUGUCUUGGACUUCUCCCGCGUUCGGCGCACCGCGAGAUCAUUAAUCAUUAUCGUACAUUAUCAGCAAAACAAGGAAAAGAUGACUGGUGGAGAGAGAAGUGUUUAAACAAGCUAGAAAGGGAACAGAACAGAUGCAUAGCUACAAAGUGGUGCACAUUGAAGAACUAGGGUGCAUCAUACAGGGAUUGUGGUAAAUAAGAACAGAAGGAAGUUUUUGAAUUUUAGUAUGUGAUGAAACGAGAACGAAAGAAGAUGUAGGCUUACGUUAAUGUGCAGUUGUCACAAAAUUACGUUUGAAUGCAUUGAUGGAGGGAAAAGGCUCAGUUGAAAAACGGAUACAAAACACAAACAGGAAGAGCGGAAUAGUGAACAAGAAUUUUGUGUGAAAAGAUUAUUCCGAAGGAAAAACAGCAGGAUCCGUACGGAGGGCAAAGAAAGUGGUAGUAUAGUUUGUGGAAAUAAGCUUUCUUCCAUCUUGUUUUGAUGCUUUUUCGUUUGUAUUAUGAUAAUUGCCCUUGAUUUUCGUAUCGUUCGUACGGUUCUACUCACCGGCAAAAUCACGGUCUAUUUUGAACAUGAAGUUGAGUUCAUUUCCUUCCUUAUCCGGAAAUGUGUGAAUGUGUUGUGUGUGUGCGUGUAUUGUAUGUGUGGGUAAUAAAAAAAAAACCUGUGGGAAAGCUUAUCUGCAAGCGUACUACUGCGUAGCACGCGCCAGCAGAAUCUGUACUGCGGGGAAGGUAUGAUUGUGGGAUGAAAUUCAGAAGACAGGCGCGAAUGUGAGAUUCGAAAAAGGAUAUAUAGGAGAUACGACUAUCAGGUGUACAUGGCUUUUCGCCGAAGCACAAUGAAGAUCCACACAACAGAUUCAACAUUGUUUGUUUUCUAGUACAGAUAAAGCAUUAAAUCUUAACUUUGGUAGAAGUUGAUACAAAAGAUUCAAACGAAACUACACGAAACAUAUUAUGAAAAGAGACACAAGUUUUGAUAACGCACUGGAACAAGCAAGCAUGAGUUGAGGCAGAUUUAAAAAAGAGCGCUGUACGGCGAGAACAGAUUAAACGGGGACAGCCGGAAACAUUAUUGUACAUAUUAUGUAGGCUAAUAUAGGGAGUAUAACUGUAAAAAAACGGAAGUAAAAAAACACAACAGUCUGCAAAGCUAAGAAGCAUAGAGCGAUCCCACAACAACAGAGAGAAGGAGGAGACGUGCGAAAGGAAUGAGUCAGACUGAAGCAAUUGAGGGAAAAAUACAACCAUGGUUGAAUGGAUUAACGGAUGGAAAAUUAACAAUUUGAGGUGUAAGAUAAUGGGGUAGAUGGGUUUGGGAACAUAAUGAUACAAAAAUUGAUCUAAAACAUCAUCAUUAUUGUGUUUUCACACACGUAUAGGUUGGAGGGUUUUUUUUGCUAGAACUUCGAACAUCAGAUUACACAAAUAUUUUCCCCUCUGGGAAAUGUUUCAAGGAUACUGUUACUUUAUUUCUCGCCUGGGAUUUAAACUGGAUAGGAUUUCAUUGAUGCAAUGGGACACAUAAUGCAUCUUUAAGCCUACGGCGUAUUGGAAGGAAGAAUGUGUAUUGCCAGAAUUAAAAUGCUAAAACAAGUGAACACGUGGUAAAAGAAAAAUAACACGCAAGCACGCUUCUUGAACUGUCCUGACUCUGGAUUUAGCUGGUCAUAAUUUGAACGGCUAUUAAACCAUUUGACCAUCAUUUCACUCUGAUUAAAUACGUUCGCCACGUGUAGAUCUCGCACACGCAAAAGGACGUCUAACAAAUUUGCCUAAGGGACAAAAUCGGACACAGUUCACGUGGUUUAUAGUCGUUCUUAUACAUCUGUUCGAUAUGCUUUUGAAAAGGCAUAUGGCAGGGGUGCAGAUUUAGGCAGGAUUGCGAGAAUAGAGACUGACGAUUACAUAAAGCUGCACGUAUGAUGUUGGAAACAUGUACCCGAAGCAUCCUCGCAGAUAUAUGGCCUUCCUUUCCGAAAGCGUGCUUUUUUUAAGGAUGGCAGCAAAUCAAUCAAAUUCCUCUGCGGUUUUUCUUGCCAGCUAAGACAUCGGAAUUAAAGCGUGGCAAACCGGGGUACCCGAAAGUGAAGCUAAAAUCAGGGAUAUCGAAAGAAGGAAAUAGGUAGUCGAAUGCGAAUAACCAAUUUGAAGAACAUGCUCGGCUUGUGAGGUACUUCAAUUCCAGCCCGCAUAAAAAAAUGGUGGAAAAAUCAACUGUUGUAUGAACGAACAAUGGUUCUCCUGCAGUUUUGAUGAGCGUUUCAUUUCUUACUACAUUUUUCGCAAAUUCGACUAGAUGGAGAGGAGGGAUACAUAGUAGAAAAUUAAUUUGGAAUAAUCGUGAAUCGGGAUGAAUGUGUUGGUCAAGAAUGAAUGGGAGAGUGGACGCGUAUUAUGGAUGGGUGAUUAUGAAUGAUGAUGUGGUGAAAUCAUAGGAUUUGAAUGAAUGUUGUGACCAUCAGUGCAGUGUGGGAACAUAGUGUUUUAACGAAUGAAAAUGUAUGAAUGGGGCGAAUGUAUGUGUGUGUAUUUACUUUUAAAAGGUAGAACAAUGAAACAAAAGAAACGAGAUCGAAGGUGAUUAAUGGAUUUCGAAGCAUUUCCACAAAACCCGCCGUAUUAGACAGUGCCAUUUUUUUUUGUAACACGUUGGUCGGGAAGAUAAAUCUCCUGAAAAAUGUUUAAAGUAUGUGAUUGUUCGUGAGACGAAGCUUAAUUUCCAUCAACCAACUCUAAAGCACUUCCACGGAGUCAUCAUAAUAAAAUCGAGCGGAAAGUGAACUCGCAUACAACGGAAUCUUCGGUUGGAGAGAUUUAUCUUCUACCUAAAAACGGGAAACAUCAUUACAUGCUUGCGUGGCCUAGUCGAGAUAUUUGAAGUUGUAUAAACAAAGGUAACAACCAAUUGCUUUACCACAUGUGAGGCUUUAAUCGGCACACGGUUAGCUUCAAAAUGUAUAGCAUUUUUUUAAAAUCGAAGGAUCUUUAAGAAAAGAUUCCUUUACAACCGAUAGGAUUUCCUGUUGCUUUUUGUGGUAUCCUAUCCACAUGGGGUGGCGUGUGGUGAUGUGUUAGGUAUUAGCACUGGUAGUAAUUAAGUAUGGUAAACACAUUUACAUUGACGUAGGGACACGCACGAUUGGAAUGAGAGAACACGAAGAAGAUCAAACAACAACAGCAACAAUUACUUCAACGUACCUGCAUUUUACACGAAGACAAUUAAGAAAUGAAGACACAUGCGUCCUGGAAUCAAAGCGAAUGGAGAGGAAGUCCAGAUCAAGUUUUGUGUGCUGUAGGGGACCGUACAGUUUUUGGGAUUAAGCAACUGUUAAUUCAUCCCGCUUGUGCGGGGAGAGAACAUCGGUAAAAAAAAUCAAAAAUAAGUUAAAACAAACGUUAAAAAUAAUGCGUAUGAUAAACGAAACACACGAUUUUCACUAAUCGAUGUCCGUCAAAAAUCUUCCAAUAGGUUCAGAGCAGGCUCAUGAUCGCUGCAUUGCGUUCUAGUUAGUAAAAAGGGUUUAAAAUGUUUGAUAAUAGCAGCUAAUUUGUUUCCUCCCCGCGAUGUUAUUCCGUUUAAAUAAUGCAACAUACAUUCAACAUUUUGCGUACGUUAUAGGGUUUUUUCUUCUUUUGGGGCUCUCUGCAACCGUCGUCUGCCGAUGGAUCCGGUAUUUGCCUAAAUUGUCGUGUCUGUCUUAUCUGGCAUUUGGUUUACCCAUUUCCGGAUCGUCAGUCCCUAACGUGGCCCAGUUGAUCCCGGGACGGAUUUGUAGUUUGGCCCGUGCAUUAAUGAACAAACACAACUAUGAUCGGUAAUAGUAUGUUUAUACCAUUCUACUCUAUAUGGGUAAUUACAAAAGUGUCUUUCGGUAAUUAAUGUACCGCACGGAUGAAACUGUAAGAAAAGUUACCGAAGAAAAACACAAGGCGACUAAAAUUAGUAAACCAGUGAUAAAUGUGAGUUCCGUACCAUAUUACUACCCCGACAUACGACAAACGAGUAACAAUCACGCCGACUUAGAAAAAUAAACAAAUCGAAGAUUCCCCAAAAGUCAAAGCUAUUUUUUCCUUUGAAGUAGGUCAAACUUUCCCCGGAGUUGUUCUUCGUAUAUUUGUUUCGUACUCUACCCGUACUAGCUGUGAUUAAGGAGUGACCUAUAAGCUACAUCCUAUCUUUAGUGCAUGAUCUUUAUUUUGUGUCCCUUUAAAAAUUGAUCAUACUUCCGUUUCUUUUUAAAACAUUGUAAAAUUUUACGAAGACUCAAAAACUCUACAUCGUCCAUACAGAUUUUUUUUU